ACUGAGCUGGAGCAGCUCUCACACACUGAAGAUCACCUCCACCUCCUACAGAUUCACUCAUCCCUGUGCAGCUCUAGAAACACCAGGAACUGGCCUGAGAUCAGUAUGAAGACUCAUGAGACUCUGGAGACUCUGAGGAGAGCUCUGACUCAACUGAAGGACACUAUAGAUGAGAAACUCACACUAACUGUCUCUACAGAGCUGAAGUGGAUGCAGCAGUAUGCAGUGGAUGUGGCUCUGGAUCCUGAUACAGCUAAUCCAUAUCUCAUUCUGACUGUUGAUGGAAAACAAGUGAGACAUGGAGACAUUAGACAGAAACUCCCAGACAAACCAGAGAGAUUUGAUAGAGGUGCCUGUGUCUUGGGAAAGGAGGGAUUCUCCUCAGGGAGAUUUUAUUUUGAGGUGGCAGGUGAAGGGAAAGACUGAAUGGGUUUAGGAGUGGUCAGAGAAUCCAUUAACAGGAAGGGACUGAUCACACUGAGACCCAGAGAUGGAUACUGGACUGUGGGGCUGAGGAAUGGAGAUGAAUAUGAAGCCUGUGAGGAUCCUCCUGUCUCUCUGUCUCUGAGAGUGAAGCCGCAGCGGGUCGGUGUGUUUGUGGAUUAUGAGGAGGGUCUGGUCUCCUUUUAUGAUGUGGAGUCCAGCUCUCAUAUCUACUCUUUCACUGCUCAGUCUUCACUGAAAAACUCUAUCCAUUAUUUAGCCCAUGCCUUAAUGAUGGAGGUAAAAACUCAAGUCCACUGAUCAUCACACCUGUCAGUUAUAAUAAAUGAAUUUACUCAGUUAUCAAAUGCAAGAUUAAAAUAAUGAAUUUAUAAUAAAUAAU